AUCUGAUUAUCAAAUGAAGGGCACCUCCGCAAGCACUACCUCUUAACUAACGUUAUAGUGUUACAGACAGUAAUCUGUCAGAGUGACGUGUCAAACUCCUCUCACCCCUUUGACAAAUGUAUGUUGUGCAUGCCUCCGUGAGCGUGAUUAUUCGAUUUAGCUACUUGGCUAAAAAUACCAGGAUUUUUUUUCUGACCUUCAUCGGGAAUUUACUCCACAGUUCUUUGAUGAUGCUGUGGAUGAAGGGCUACUUUGUAACGUUAGUUAAAUAAUGCAAAUCUGAAACGCCCUAUGCAAAGGAUUAAUCAUAGUUGUAACGUUAGCGUACAUGAUUCCUCCUUAGUAGACAAGCAUAGCUAAUGCAACACUGAGCAAACAUUAGAACAAUGAAUGCGUUCAUUCAUGAGCUGCUCCCUGUCUGCUAAUCCAGUGGUUCACAACCUUUUUUGGUUACUGUACCACCAACUGUUUUUUUCUCUGCCCAGAGUACCCCUGAAGUACCCCAUCAUAUCAUGUGCAUUUUACCAGUAGGGCUAUGGUCUCAUGAGUCUUCUCAAGUCCCCUUGUGGAUAGGCCAUGUUUCAAAAGGACCUAGCUCUGAACCUUAGGCACCUCUGAUUUCACCUCCAAGAUCUGGUGCAUUCUCCAACUAAAACGGUUUCAUAAUGGACAAGUUCAGUAUGGUGCCUGUGAAGCCCCAUGUUGGUGUUCCUCUUUCCUGAACCGGUCUGCACAGCAACUCCUAGAGCCAACGUGCCUUUCCUGGGGUCGACCUGGAUUGUUGGACAGUGUUUCUCAUUAUCCACUGACACUGUUUUAGAUUCCUGCCUGUUCCGAGUCAGAAAGUCCAAAACUCUGAAGAAUCCUGUAUUAGGAUUUCCAGAUGGUGUGGGUGUUCAUCAUGAACCGGAUGGGUUCUCAGGGCAGCACGGUGGCCCAGCAGAGACGCAUGGCCCUGGGGGUGGUCAUCCUCCUGCUGGUGGACGUCAUCUGGGUGGCUUCCUCUGAGCUCACCUCAUACAUAUUCAAGCGGCAGGAGUACAACAAGCCCUUCUUCAGCACGUUCACCAAGACCUCCAUGUUUGUGCUGUACCUGCUGGGGUUCCUGCUGUGGAGGCCAUGGAGGCAGCAGUGCACGGGCAGUCUCCGGGGACGACACGCUGCCUUUUUUGCUGAUGCCGAGGCCUACUUUACCCCCUGUAUCAAUGACACUAGUUUGAAUGACCAUACCCUAAGUGAACCCCUGUACGUUCCUGUGAAGUUUCAGGACCUUCCCACAGAACAGACAAACUGUGCCAAUGGAGACUGUGAUUCCACCUCUAAAAAACAGCGGGUGCGCUUCAGCAACAUCAUGGAGGUGCGCCAGCUCCCAUCUACACAGGCCCUGGAAGCCAAGCUGUCCCGUAUGUCUUUCCCUGCCGCCAAGGACCAGGAGUCCAUGCUCCGCACUGUGGGCAAGCUCACCGUCACCGAUGUGGCCAAGAUCAGCUUCUUCUUCUGUUUUGUGUGGUUCCUGGCCAACCUCUCCUACCAAGAGGCCCUGUCUGACACUCCGGUUGCCAUAGUGAACAUUCUGUCCUCCACUUCAGGUCUCUUCACCCUCAUCUUGGCGGCCGUAUUUCCCAGUAACAGCAGUGACCGCUUUACUCUGUCCAAGCUUUUAGCUGUGGCUCUGUGCAUGGGAGGAGUGGCCCUGGUCAGUUUUUCCAGCAUGGACAGCCCCGACGGGAAAGGUGCUACAGGCUCCCUGUGGUCGGUGGCUGGGGCUGCGCUGUACGCGGUCUACAUCGUCAUGAUCAAGAGGAAGGUGGACCGGGAGGACAAGCUGGACAUCCCUAUGUUCUUUGGAUUUGUGGGGUUGUUCAACCUGCUCCUCCUAUGGCCAGGCUUCCUUGUGCUUCACUACACAGGCUUUGAGGCCUUUGAGCUGCCCAGCAAGCUAGUGUGGACCUACAUCCUCAUCAACGGCCUCAUCGGCACUGUGCUCUCCGAGUUCCUCUGGCUCUGGGGCUGCUUCCUCACCUCCUCCCUCAUAGGCACUCUGGCCCUCAGCCUCACCAUCCCACUGUCCAUCAUAGCAGACAUAUGCAUGCAGAAGGUGAGUUUCUCCUGGCUGUUUUUCGCUGGAGCGGUUCCCGUCUUCCUCUCCUUCUUCAUCGCCACUCUGUUAUGCCACUACAACAACUGGGACCCCGUCAUGGUGGGGCUACGAAGAGUGUUUGCCUUCAUAUGCCGCUCGAAACAUCGGAUUCAAAGAUUGCCAGAGGACAGUGAACAGUGUGAAAGCCUUAUUCCCUUACACACUGUCUCCCAUGACAAUGAAAGCUUCUGCUCGUGAUCCACCAGCCAGUCACAGGAUCGUGAAUACAGUGCGGAGCGGCAUGCUGAAGUGACAAUCUUGAAGCAACCAAUCAGAGACUUUGAACUACGUCCAGUGCGUCUUAUUCAAACGAUUUAUUCUCUGCAGUGUGGAGUUGACGUUCCAUCUCUACAAGAUGAACUCUUUUUACUUUGUACAGUGUUGAUGCGACUCGUUGUUGACUGAGAUUGUGUGUUUUGCUGUGUUGGAUGUGUAAAAAGAAAAACUUGAUGGUACUGAAGGUGCCGGCCUUUUAUCAAUGAUUCAUUAUGGCCACUUCAAUUGGUACACGUUUAAAUAAAGGGACAGAGUGGUUUUAUAAGGAGAAGAGCAAGGUUGUUAUUCCAGCGGCAGCAAUUUCUAACAAUGAAAGGGUCUCUGCUUGUUCACAGGAGUAGGUGUGGGAGCAGGCAAAAUUAAUUAUCGUUAAUGUAGAAAUAGUUUGGGUGGAACAAGUUGGUCAUGGAUUUGAUCAUCAGGCUAUUAGGUGACAUCUGAUGUAGAGAUCUGGGCGUAUUCACAAAUGGUCACAGAGUUAAAGUAUUGAUAAAGGAUUAGUUUUGCCUUUUCGAUCAUAAUGAAUAAGGAUUUAUCGACAGGGAGGAUCUGUCCCUUGAUCAGCACUCUUGAGACACAGAGAAGCAGUUCCUGUGAACAAGCAGUCUCAGAUAAGGAGACUGCACUACAGCCUAUGAACUACCGCAUUUGAUUUCUCCCCCAUAUUCUACAUCUCUCCAUCUCUGGCCCCUGGCAGCCAGGUAAUGCUGGAUCAUGAAGGCAAACUGUGAUGAAGCCUUUUGUAUGUGUUAGCAUGGGAAUUGACAUUAACCCCUCGACUAAGCUAAGCUGCUCCACAGAAGUUAUAAUGCUGUUGCCUUUCCAACCGAAAACAGUAACCAUCUCAAAACAGGUGUAAAUACUGUACUACGCCAUGAAAUUCGAAUUAUGUAUUCUUACUUUAGUUUGUAUUUUGAAAAAUGACUACUACAAAGACCCUCUGAGUAUCUAGCCUUCAUGUUCUCCGAAAAAUGGUUUACUCCAAUGUUUUUUGUUCUUUAAAGUCUUGACUGUUAUGACACUAAAAAGGAUUUAAGACCAAGUACAUGGAUUUUCCAGAAGCACUAUUUUUCAUCCAAUUAGAUUCCCAUAGUCUUAAAAAGAAAAUGUUAUUGCAUCUGAGAUUACUCAUAACACUUUGGGUGUGUUGCAGAGCCACGAAUGGGGACCUGAUUUGAUUAAAUAUCUUUCACCUGUUGAAAACUGACAAGUCUAUGCUAUAAUAGAGUUUCUAUGUCCAACAAUUGUAUUUUAGACACAUUUUGUUUGAUCAGCACAUGAAAUGCAAAUCAAUCACCCACUCACCCUUAUUCUAUUGAUGAUUUUAUUUGACUUAAACACAUGUUUGAUCAGUUAAAGUGAACUGUCUCUUCUGUAACCCUUGAUGUACACAAUGACAAAGGGCAUGUUAUCAUGUUAUUCCACCAGCUGUCAACCUGUGUACAGAACUUUAUGGAGUGUUUGCCCAGCACCCAUUGUGGAAGACAUUUUAUGACUUGAGCUAACUGCAGGAAGUAAUAACUUGCCUUGUAAAGUGAAAAAAAACUUCAGCCCCUCAAUUGCAGGUUUUUACCUUUGUCCAACUCAGUUGUUACUUUCACAUUGUAAAAAAAUAAAUAACAAUCUACCCUAGCCAGUAGCUUUUAUUACCAUCAGCUAUGAUUCUUGCGCAAAGGAAACCAGCUGUGAGAUGUAUUUGGCUGUUUAAUACAUGUGGUUCCUGUAGCCUAUUUUUACUUGUGAAAAACCCAGGCACUCUGGAACUAUACAUCCUAUGAAAGUUGAUCAUUUGUUUCCUAUCUAAACAUUUAUCAGAUUUUCCCCCAUAUCAUCCAUGUUGAAGUCUCUUAUUGAUGGGCGAGGUGCCAGAUACAUAAGUGCAUUGUGUAUAUAUAUAUAACACGUUUUCAAAAAUGUAUUGUUUUCAUCGGUUCUUACGGAAUGUGCGUAUAUCGUAAGAAGCUUGUUUUUUCUUUCUCAGGUACUUUGGUGGAAGGAUGUCUUUUUCCUCUGUCCAAUCAGAUUUUGUUUUGGUAAUUUCCUGUCCUUUUAUUAACGGGUCUCUUGAAAAGAUGUAUGCAGAUUUAUCUAAGUGUGAUCAUCGUAGUUUACCCUAUCAUCACAGGCUCUUUUAAGAGUCUUUGGUGAAAUUGCAUACGUCCUUUUUCUAAUGUUAUGCAGCACUAUUAAAACUAAAGAUUUUCA